AUGACAGAGCACAAAAUUUCAGCCAGGUACAAGGAAAAAUAUGAAAUGUUCAUAAGGGAAAAAGUGAGAGAGUUGAGUGGGGAACUAAAUGAAAUGGCAGAACAGUGCCGUAGUAUAGAGGAUGAACGGGACGAUAUGUCCGAAGCCAUGAAAACAUUAGGUAUACAAUCAGUUGAGGAUUGUAGAGAGUUUGCAAGGGUGGCUGAGAGAAACAGGGAGAUUCUGGCACAAGCAUGCAAUAUGCUAAAUACUGAUGUGCUUCAGGUGCCGGCAGCCAUCCAAGACCUCAAAAAGAAGGGAUGUGAAGCAGAAAAAGUCAAGCAAGCCCCAGCAGCACAAUCCAAGGCGGAUUGGGGCGCAGUGCGAACAAAACUUGAACAACUGUGUGUCGGGAUUACCCAGUUCGCAUUCAAGGGACAAGGACGUGGAACUAAGAGAAGUGUAUCGCUGCUGAGCCCACUUGAAAAAGGACAUCUGCUCUUGAAAUGCGGAGACGACUGUUUUGAGGAUCGAAAGCUCGGGGAUAUCGAAGGAAUUAGUUUCCCGGGUGCAGUAGCAAAAGAACGCAUCGAGAAUCUAUGGUCCGUCUGGCUAGCUUGCAGUAUCUUCAGCCGAGGGGAUAUCGAUAUGGAAACGAAAAUCAAGUUUCAUAGAGAGGGACACAUAUGUUUCGACGCGGAAGCUCUGAAAGCUGUCUUGAAGCUCGCAUACGAUACCUGCAUCGACUGGACAGACUUUCUUUGCAACACAGAUGCGAUUACGAAGCACGCCAGGAUCGAAGGACAUUCCAUUGGGAGAUCUCACAACGAAGCAUUGCAAGCAUUUCGUCGAGAGAUUGAGGGACAGUCCAUGAAGGAGCUACCCACCAAAUAA